GAACCAAACACUACAGGGAGACCCUUAAUAAAAACGAGCGGCCCUGAAAGAAACAGAGAGCCUCUUCUUCAUUUCAAAUAAUCCUGAACGGAAGCCAUGGCCAGCUUCACCAUGAUUUCUCUCUCUAACCCAGCCUCCGGUGUCGCCUCCGACUUUCAUCAUCAACAAUGUCCCAAAUGGCGACUCCGAGCUUCUUCUACUUCUUCUUCCUCUGCUGCUGCUGCUCCCGGCGUCGACCUCAAAACCCUCGAAUCCGCUAUCGAAAAGAAAGACAGCGGUGCAGUUAAAGAGGCGCUGGAUCAGCUAAGGGAAGCUGGGUGGGCUAAGAAGUGGAGUUCUCAGCCAUAUGUCUCUCGGCGUACGACAUCUCUUCGGGAACUGACAUCUCUUGGGAUCAAGAAUGCCGAAACUCUUGCGGUUCCGAGCGUCAGAAAUGAUGCGGCAUUUCUAUUCACCGUUGUGGGGACAACCGGAUUCAUAGGUCUUCUUGCUGGCCAGCUUCCAGGGGAUUGGGGCUUUUUUGUGCCAUAUUUGGUUGGGAGCAUCUCUCUAGUAGUUUUGGGUGUGGGAAGCACUGCCCCUGGGCUUCUUCAAGCUGCCAUAUCUAGCUUUUCAUCAUUUUUCCCAGAUUACCAGGAGAGAAUUGCUAGUCAUGAAGCUGCUCAUUUUUUAGUUGCGUAUUUGCUGGGUCUCCCUAUUCUGGGUUAUUCUCUAGAUAUUGGGAAAGAGCAUGUCAAUCUCAUUGAUCAAAGGCUGGAAAAGCUGAUAUACAGUGGGCAGCUUGAUGCAAAGGAACUAGACAGGUUGGCUGUGGUAGCAAUGGCUGGACUCGCAGCAGAAGGUCUGAAGUAUGACAAAGUGAUUGGUCAAUCUGCUGAUCUCUUCACUCUUCAGAGAUUUAUCAACAGAAGCAAGCCACAGCUUAGCAAAGAUCAGCAACAAAAUCUUACUAGAUGGGCUGUUUUGUUUGCUGGAUCCCUCAUAAAAAACGACAAGGCAAUGCAUGAAGCUCUGAUAGCAGCAAUGACAAAGAAAGCAACUAUAUUGGAAUGUAUUGAAGCAAUCGAGACAGCUGCUUAGUGCUACAGCAGCCUCUUGAAGGAGAUUCACUUUCACACGGGUCAUGCCUUUUCCAAGUUGGUGAAUGACCCUUUUUGUACACUCUUUUUCAUUCUUCCUUCGCUACUAAGAUAUGUGUAUAAAUUUAGCAAGUUACCUUUACCCUAGCUGCUACAUAAUAAGAUAUUCAUUCUGUAUCUAAGCCCUCCAAUUAAGAUGGUGUGCAACAAAGAUAAUAUAAAAGAUAUGUGUAAAGGUUUUCAUGA